AUGGUGUUUGGCACGAUCACCCGCAGUCCAGGAAAGAGACGGACGAGAGCCAAAGCAAACAAAUGCAUAGUAAUUCCAGGCCAUGCUAGGAGACGCGAAGCAGCAACGGCGCGCAUAGCAAAACUCUUGGCUGCAUUGACUAACCAAGUGUCAGCAACCGAGGGAACUCAAGACACGCAAGGAACCGUUAAUGAGAGUUUCGGAGUCUUAGAUGCGGACGUGGAGGGAAUGGUGUGCGUGAGCGAGACAGUUGAUGAGGUUGAAAUGGAUGGAACGGUGCUCAACAACGGCAACAUUGACGCACCAGAUACUGAAAACACGCCAAUAUUACGGGACAAUGAUCCAAAUACCCCGUCCACUGAAGACUCCUUGAAAACCGCCAAUGCAGCACGUCUCAGCAAUGCUACACUGGUUAAUCUACGCUGGAAACAGCUUCUACCUACCCUCUUGGACUCUCUCCUGCUCUACCGAAACAAGUCCAUUCACACGGCCGACCCGCUGUCCCUCGCAAUAUCCUAUUGCUGCCCAAGUGGGAUGUGUAUGAUCAAGGAGUCGAGGUUACGGUGUUAUACAUUUCUCAGCUACCAGGACCUCACAGUUCCAUUUUGUGAAUGUCAGAGCCUACCGCAAGUCCUCGUUCAGCACGGUCUCUUUCCCGCUUCUCCCUCGCAGCCACGGUCGGCGUUUGCAAUCGAUUUGUUGGACUUUUACCACAUCUUAUGGCGUCAUUCGUGUGAUGCUAUAACCUCGUUUUCUGCCUCUCUUAUCAUGAUGUAUAAACGGUGUGGAUUCGACUUGAAUGAUCAGACGGGUAGUACGCAACGGGAUCCUAUUUGUCGCCCCUUCGGCCCUGCCGUACAAUGGUACGAUUGUCUCCAGGUCAUGCUAGACCGGGAGAUGACCAGCAUCAUUGAUAGAUGCACGCCCAAUCCGGAACCUCUUCCAUUUACUCCUGGACCCGAUCUGUCUUCCUGUACACGCGAAACCCUUCCUUCAGGUCCUACCACCACACCGUCAUUCAACCCUACUUCUCCUACUCUCUCAACCUUGGACACUGCUACAUCGACGCCGUCGCUAGAUACAUGCAGACUAUCCAGCAGUAAGUGUGCUUCAAUCCUGCAGCGCCUGUGCCCAUGCUGUUUUGGCAGAGACAAAUUCGGACGUUUGUUUGACGACGGUGGAGAUAUCCACGUCGCUUUGGACGGAAACCUGCACCAUCGCCAGCUAGCGUCUGCGGGUGAGGGCAUUCCUUUCUACACUUCCGAAUAUUUCCUCUCCAAGUCGUAUGUCGAUGAUGUGGGAGAGCGUGUCACAGCCGCUCGCCAAAAGCCGCCACGGCCUCGCAACCCAAAGGUCCCAGAUGAAUCGAUUGACCAGUGUCGCGAGUCAUAUUAUGCUGCGAAGGGAGAGUCGAAGCAUGGAGCAUCGGAGAUCUUCCGUGAGCGGGGCCUAAUGGGUCUUGUCUGUCGGCAUGAUGUACCCCUACUCGUGGCUUCUAUCGACACCCCUGGAGAGCAGCAGAAGUACGCUGUAGCUCUCCUUGAGAGGCUUUUCUCCCUGGUCCCUGAAUCUGCAACUGUAGUCACAUUGUACGACAUAGGGUGUGUUCUGGAUAGAAGUAGGAGUACAUAUGCCUUACUUCCGGAGGAAUAUUCCUCCAGGCUCAUUCUAGCGACAAGUGUGCUGCAUGCGUAUGGCCACCAGUGGCCAUGCCAGCUUAAAUACAAUCCACGUUUACGACCAGGAUUAGGCUUGACUGAUGGAGAGGGAACUGAGAGACUAUGGGCAGCACUACGAAAGCUGAUAGGUCUAGAACGACAGUCUUCGGAUCGACGGCAUGAACUUGGGGUAUGGAUGACCUCCAAACUGCACAAUAGCAUCCAGCUCAAAGGAGCUGAAGCUAAGAGGACGUUGGCGAAAAUCCGAAUCCCUACGAUGGAACUCCGUGAUCAGUGGCGACAACAGCAGGAAGUGCAGACCUCCGUUCGCUCUUAUGCACCCCUUCGACUGAAACGGGAGCUGGGGAAGGUGCUUCAGCUUCAGUCGGAGGUUGAUGCACUUGAGGAAACGGUCGCUGCUACAAAAUAUGCAAUAAAGCACUUACCGUUCGCAUCUGCCAACGCCCUAGCCACCCUCCCGUUGCUUGAGAGUGCCCAUACUACACUCAGAGCAAGGGCUGAGGACCUUUACCUCUCUCUCAACAUUUCGGAGGACUUUCCGGAACUCAAGAACAUUCCAUUUGAAUACCUACAACUCCUACUUCUUGCACGGGACCUCAAGAUUAACAUUCGAAAGCGUUGCAUCGGCACCUUCUUCGAAUGGGACAAAUUAGACCGCGCUGUCGGCGGUCGCGACUUCGCUCUUGGAACUAAGGCUCAUCAGCUCACACGAAAAUCAAUUUCUAAGCGGGCGCCGGCACUCCAGAGUGCAAUUAGUGAUGUGCGGGCUCGGGCUUGGCCUGAAGCCUGGGCUUGGGCUCGGCUUAGGAGGGCUUGGGCCUAA